AUGCAUCUCGUUCUCACCCGCGCUACCCGGGCGGACAUUCCUGAAAUCGUCGACCUGCAUUACAAAACCAUAACUGGUCCAUUAUGCGAAGUAUUGAUCGGGCUUGAUACUGAAGAAGGCCGCCGAAAAGCCGUACAACGAUGGUUGCAAGAAAUGGAUCGCAGCUCUGCGCACAUGUGGUUCAAAGUCCUAGACAGCGACACAAAUCGCAUUGUCAGCGUAGCACACUACAUGGUUUAUUCCAACUGGGUACCGUUGAUCCCGCCACAAGUAAACAUGGACUGGCUCCCCAAGGGGGAAAUUAGGGAUGCCGCGGAAGACAUUACCCGUCAACACAUCAAGCAACGUGCUGAGCGUCUACAAGGCCAGCCUCAUAUUCUUCUGAACAGGCUCUUCACCGAUCCGGAUUACCAGAAGCGCGGCGCUGGUCGCAUGCUGGUGAACUGGGGCUGCAAACUUGCCGAUCGUCUUUUCGUUCCGGUAUUUCUGAUCGCCUCGUCCAUCGGUGAACCAUUGUAUCGGUCAUGUGGAUUCAAGGAAGUCGAUCGGCCGCUGGUCAGAAACCAUAGAUAUGAUUUCACUGGGACAGUGAUGCAUCGGGAGGCUAGGGAGCCUGUAGAGCUGUUGUAA